UUUUCUGUUAAAUUUAAUCUAAGCUGCAGGAAAGAGAAAAGGCAAUAAAAAAUAGAAGGGGGAUGAAAAUUGAAAGAAAAACUCAAAAACAGUGUCUUUCUGAAGCUCCCAACUUGUUUCUGGCUACCACUUCAAUCAUUCAUUCACUGCAAAAAUAAGAAAAAGAAGGAUUAAAUAAUAGAAAGAGAGAGAGUUCAUAGAAGACAAAACACAAAAGUGUGAGAAAGAAUCAAAAGCCAUUUCCAUGUUACUUCCCUUCUUCAUUUGCUUAGAAUAACACAACCUGCAUUUGCUUUUGCUUUUUGACUUUACCAAGCUGAAGGGGGGGAAGUGAAGGUCUUGUUCUUCAAUGGUGAGCAUGAGCCUCAAGCUCAUAAUGUGGAAUGUGCUUCUUCCCCUGCUGCUCCUGGCAUCUUCAUUCUUUGUUUCUUGUAAUGCUUCUGUGUCCUAUGACUCAAAGGCUAUCACCAUUAAUGGCCAAAGAAGGAUCCUCAUUUCUGGAUCCAUUCAUUACCCUAGAAGCACCCCUGAGAUGUGGCCAGAUCUCAUUCAAAAGGCUAAGGAAGGAGGUUUGGAUGUGAUUCAGACUUAUGUUUUCUGGAAUGGCCAUGAACCUUCACCUGGCAAAUAUUAUUUUGAGGGAAACUAUGAUCUGGUGAAGUUCAUAAAGUUGGUGCAGCAAGCAGGCCUUUAUGUGCAUCUAAGGAUUGGUCCUUAUGUCUGUGCUGAGUGGAACUUUGGGGGUUUCCCUGUUUGGCUGAAGUACAUUCCAGGUAUCAGCUUCAGAACAGACAAUGGCCCUUUUAAGUUUCAAAUGCAAAAGUUUACCACGAAGAUUGUCGAUAUGAUGAAGGCAGAAAGAUUAUAUGAAACUCAGGGAGGUCCAAUAAUUCUAUCCCAGAUUGAAAAUGAAUAUGGACCUAUGGAGUAUGAAAUUGGUGCUUCUGGUAAGUCCUACACUAAGUGGGCAGCAGAUAUGGCUGUAGGACUUGGUACUGGGGUUCCAUGGGUCAUGUGCAAACAAGAUGAUGCUCCUGAUCCUAUGAUUAACACUUGCAAUGGUUUCUAUUGUGAUUACUUCUCUCCAAAUAAGGCUUACAAACCAAAGAUGUGGACGGAAGCUUGGACUGCAUGGUUUACUGAAUUCGGAGGUUCGGUUCCUUAUCGACCUGCUGAAGAUUUGGCAUUUGCAGUUGCAAGAUUUAUACAGAAAGGGGGAGCAUUUGUCAAUUAUUACAUGUAUCACGGGGGAACAAAUUUCGGUAGAACUGCUGGUGGUCCAUUUAUUGCUACAAGCUAUGAUUAUGAUGCACCUAUUGAUGAAUAUGGACUUCUCAGGCAGCCGAAGUGGGGUCAUCUUAAAGAUUUACAUAGAGCAAUAAAACUCUGUGAACCUGCUUUAGUUUCGGGGGAUCCUGCUGUAACAAAGAUUGGAAACUAUCAAGAGGCUCAUGUCUUCAAAUCAGACUCAGGAGCUUGUGCUGCAUUCCUUGCAAACUAUGACCCAAAAUCAUUUGCAAAAGUGGCAUUUGGGAAUAUGCACUAUAACCUGCCUCCUUGGUCUAUUAGCAUUCUUCCUGACUGCAAGAACACUGUUUAUAACACUGCAAGGGUUGGUUCGCAGAAGGCACAGAUGAAGAUGACCCGAAUUCCCAUUCAUGGAGGACUCACUUGGCAAUCAUUUAAUGAAGAACCAGCCUCUACUGAUGACAGUUCCUUCACCAUGACUGGCCUAUUGGAACAGUUAAAUACAACUAGAGAUUUAUCUGACUACCUUUGGUACUCCACAGAUGUUGUGAUUGAUUCCAAUGAAGGAUUUUUGUGGAAUGGAAAGGAUCCUGUUCUUACAGUGUUAUCUGCUGGGCAUGCCUUGCAUGUGUUUGUCAAUGGUCAGCUAUCAGGAACUGCUUAUGGAAGCUUAGAAUUCCCCAAACUAACAUUUAGCCAGGCUGUGAAGCUCAGAGCUGGUGUUAAUAAAAUCUCUCUUCUAAGUGUUGCAGUUGGACUACCGAAUGUUGGUCCACAUUUUGAAACAUGGAAUGCUGGUGUUCUUGGCCCAAUUACAUUAUACGGUCUCAACGAGGGGAGAAGGGACUUGUCUUGGCAGAAAUGGUCUUAUAAGAUUGGUCUUAAAGGAGAAGCCUUGAGUCUCCAUUCUCUCAGUGGAAUUUCCUCAGUUGACUGGAUUCAAGGGUCUUUAAUUUCUCAAAGGCAGCCACUGACUUGGUACAAAACUACUUUUGAUGCUCCGGCUGGAACCGCACCAUUUGGUUUAGAUAUGGGCAGCAUGGGCAAAGGUCAAGUGUGGCUAAAUGGACAGAGUCUCGGUCGAUACUGGCCUGCUUAUAAAGCAUCAGGUACCUGUGAUUCUUGUGACUAUGCCGGAACUUACAACGAGAAUAAAUGCAGAAGUAACUGUGGGGAGGCUUCUCAAAGAUGGUAUCAUGUUCCUCAUUCAUGGCUGAAGCCAACUGGAAAUUUAUUGGUUGUGUUUGAAGAACUGGCGGGAGAUCCCAACGGCAUCUUUCUGGUUAGGCGCGAUAUAGAUAGUGUGUGUGCUGAUAUUUAUGAGUGGCAGCCAAAUCUUAGAAGCUACCAGAUGCAAGCUUCUGGCAAAGCUGACAAACCUAUUAGGCCUAAAGUGCAUUUAUCAUGCGGCUUUGGACAAAAGAUCUCGUCGAUCAAAUUCGCUAGCUUCGGUACUCCAGAAGGAUCUUGUGGAAACUUCCAUGAAGGAAGCUGCCAUGCUCACAAAUCAUAUGAUGCAUUUCAAAGGAAUUGUGUUGGACAGAGCUGGUGCACUGUAACAGUGUCACCCGAAAAUUUCGGAGGAGAUCCAUGUCCAAAUGUUAUGAAGAAACUCUCAGUGGAGGCCAUAUGUACCUGAUAGUUCCAUUAUUAUUAUUAUUAUUAUUUUUUCCCCUCAAAUUCAAUACAGGUUUAUCUGGUGAAGUAAAGUUCACACUUUGUUAGAGCAGCAGAAGACAAGCAUUGAUUUUGGCUUCUUCCAAAGGUGAAGUUGAAGAAACCACAACACACCAUCUGGUUGAAAGCCUGUAGAGAUUGCAGACAUGAAUGUGGAUAUGUGUAUAUACAUUGGUGUUCUGCUUGUUAAUUGUUAUACAAAAAAGGUGAAAGAUUAAGAAGAUUUGGUAGAUGCACACUGAGACAUGCUAAUUAAGUCCAUGUGCAAUUGCUUUUUUUUUUUUUUUUUCUCUUAGUGUGGAAGCCUCUUGCUUCCUGUAAUAUUAUUUUCCAUUGUAAGCUUCAUUCAUAUAUGAUAUUAGCUUAAA